CUCUCCAUUCAUUCAUAAUGGCAAUUUUUAAAUAAUGCUAGAAGUCUUCAUAAAAACACCCUCUAUGCGUUCCCUGUUCUGUGUGCUAUUCAUGCAAAUGGCGCGUAGAAGGCAUGGGGUGUACUGGGGGCGAGGGGAAAAAGAGAGCAUAACAGAUAAUGAUUAUCCUGAGUCAUGCUUUAUCACCAUGAUAUGCGCUCCUGUCUUUGAUGGCAACUGGCAGAGGGCAUGAACUGCUUGUUUGGCCACAAGUUUGACUUCACAUGUUUAUUUGAUGCAACUAGUACAAAGGGCCACUGUCUCUAGCCAUUGGCAAUUUUAUAUAUUUUUACAAUCUGGUGGAUGACAUGUUAACUCAUAUCUGUUACCUAAAUUUGGAUAUUUUUGUUUUAUCUCUUGGAACCAUAGAUCCCGUAGCUCUGGUUCAGCCGCGCCAUGCAAUUUUUUCUGCAAAGCCCCGUAAGGAUACAUUUUCUUUGUGGUCGUGUUGUUGAACCUUUGAGAAUAUCACAUAUGUGAGUGGUCAUUAAGUUUUACCUUCAGGAACCACUGCUGCCCCGGCUACGAUUGUACAGCCACUAUCAGCUGGCUGCUUGUCGGAGCCCAGUAAGAAUAAUUUUUCUCUGUGGCAGUUCAGUGAAUCUUUCAGAAGAUAAUGUGUGUGGUAAUUGCACUUUUGUCAUCAGGAACCGCUGUUGCCCCAGCUCCAAGCCAGCUAAAUGCAGUGGACUGCAUGUCAGAGCCUAAUAACGAUCAUUUUUCUCUGUGGCAGUUCAUCACAUCUUUCAGGACAUAUUUUCUGCAGUCUUGGCAGUUCUGUCACCAAAUUUCCUGCUGCAGGUACAAGCUCCACACAAGUGCAGAGCACUGCAAGGGCUUCGACACCAGAGCCAGCUGACAUUGACCUGUUCGCUGAAGAAGAGGCCGUCGAUGUGGUAAUCGGAUCCUCAAGAGAUGAUGGAAAGAUGUAUGCUGGAUCCGGGAAGUGGAUUGACAAGGCAGCAUGGGGGACACUGUUCCGGGCGUUGGGCGACUCCAUGGUUUGUCGCAUGGCUUCGACUAUUUAUUGGACGCCUGAUGAACUCCGGAACAGAAGUGUCACCGGAACCUUAUCGAACAAGUCGCGGUCCACGGGAAGAACGGAGGCCAGACAAGCUGUAACACCAGAGAAGCUGUCAUCCUUGAAAAGCCUCCUCCGGAUCUUCAUGGGCAGCGAUGUGACGCCAGAAGACGAGAAAAAAAGAAUGAAGAGUGUACGCCGGCACCUGGCGCAAAAACUUGCUGAUGCACAAAGGAAGUAGUGCCGCUGAUACAGCUACAAAGCCUGUCCCAAAAGUUUGUGCAGUUCAUGCCACCACACCCUCUGCUGCAUUUUUGCUGACUCACUGCACAAGUGAGUCAGCAAAAAUGCAGCA